UAUGUUAAUUAAAUUAUAAAACGACCCAUGCUAUUCGAAAGAUGGUGGGCUGCCUCCUACCGCCCUCUGCACAAAACGACAUUUGUGAUUGUGGGCAGAAAAAUAAUUGUAGUAGUGUACCAGCAGGUAGCAGCCAAACGACAUUUGCUGAUAAAUAAAUGAUAUAUUAGCAAUACAUAAUUAUUUAUCUAUUUCCCCUCAACUUCCACUCUCUAAUUCUGUUCCUACUUAUGUGGAUAGUGCUCAGUAGUCUGUUACUAGCACUCCGACUCUGUCUCUCAAAGACGUGUAUAUUAGUUACAUUAUCAUCAAUGAGAAGAUCAUCAAGGAUUCUCUCUAUUCUAAAAUCUGCUAAUCCUAACAUGGUAUCAGAGCUAGCUACGAUCAGCUAGAAUCGAUCCAUCCCUCAUCUUCUUUUUUUCUCUCUUCUCUCUUCUCAUAUCGGCCUUAUGUUCUCCCCUGUUUUUUCACCAUGACCAGCAGUUCAAUCACUGACGGCGCCAACAACGGAUUUUCAAGUUCAGAGAUCCAAAUCGUCACUUUCAAUCCGGCCGCCCAACUUCCUCUCAAGCUCACGCCGACGAACUUUGCGUCCUGGCGAUCUCAACUCGAAACCCUUCUUAUGGGUCUCGAUUUAUCUGGCUACAUUGAUGGUACCUCCAUCGCUCCACCUCAAUUGAUUACGGUGGAUGCUGCUGUUAUCUCCAAUCCUGCCUAUCGGAACUGGUUCAGGCAAGAUAAAUUAAUCCUCCAUGCCUUGCGUUGUUCCAUUGACGAAUCCAUUUAUUCGUUUGUUUCUGCCGCCGCGACUGCUCGUGAUGCGUGGCUAAUUCUGGAAAAGCUCUAUGCUAGCAACGCCCAGUCGCGUAUCAUUCAUUUGAAGGGGAAGCUUGCUAAAACAAUCAAGGGAAAUAGGGAUAUUCUCACCUUUGUGAAUGAGUUGAAAACUACGGCGGCUGAACUUGCUAUCAUUGAUGAGCCAGUCAAAGACAUCGAUCUGGUUGUUCAUUGCAUCCGCGGUCUGGGAGAGGAAUAUAAAUCUUUCUCUGCUGCAGUUCGUGCACGAGGCCCUGGCCUGACUCUUGAAGACCUUGUUGAUUCCCUCGUCGAAUAUGAGGCCGACCUCAAGGCGCAGCAGCAAUCCUCUGUUCCGACGGUCUUCUACACUCAAGGGCAGGACACGGCGGCUCCUCCCAUCCGCGGUCUCAUCGUGGCGGCCAUCCGUCGCAGCACCAGGUCUACUCUCCUCAUGGCGCACCAGGUCUACUUCAGCGGACUCCAAGCCCAGUCCGCCCUUUCUUCUCCGGCCCAUCAUCUCCUGGCGAAUUCUCUAGCCACUCUCCUCGUCGGGCCCGACUAAUAUGUCAGUACUGUGAAAAACCUGGGCAUACAGUGCGCCAGUGUUUUCAGCUUUUCCCACCGGCCCGUCCGACUCUCCAGCGUCCUCCGCCGGCCCAAGCCCAUUUCACUGCGGCUGCCUCUCCUCUAAUCCCUUCUGAUGGCAGUCCCUCUUCAGCACCCACUCCUUGGUUGAUGGAUUCGGCUGCCUCCCAUCACGUUACUGCCGAUCUGGGAAAUUUAUCUCUAUAUUCCGACUAUACCGGGCCUGAUGAAAUACUUGUCGGCGAUGGCACAGGUUUGCGGAUUAGUCAUAUUGGUUCUUCUCACCUAUCCACUGGCUCCCACUCUCUUUCUCUUCAUGAUGUUUUACAUGUUCCUGCUAUCACCAAACAUCUUAUUUCUGUGGCCCAAUUGUGUCGUACUAAUCCAGUCUCUGUGGAAUUCUUUGCCACGUAUUUUGUUGUGAAGGAUCUUCGCACGGGGGCGCCGCUGUUGAGAGGGGAAAAUCGAGGUGAUGUGUAUGAGCUGCCGCCAGCCACAGGACCAGUUCGCAUGGCGCUAGUUACAACCCGCACUUCCACAAAUUCAUGGCAUUCACGUCUUGGUAAUCCUUCUGCUCAUUCUCUGCGUAGUCUUCUUCGUUCUCAUUCUCAUCCCGUUUCAGACUCCACUUCUCUUAGUCAUUGUGAUGCUUGUCUAUCCAAUAAAUCUCAUAAACUUUC